AAAUCAAUACGGGUGUUUGGAAACAAGUAGCAGCAAAAGCAGUAGACGAGCAGAAGCGAGGUGACCGACUUAAUGGCGUCAAGGUUGCAGCUCCCGGUGGAUGAAUCAGUUCUUCUGCGGGUCACUCAUUCCAACAUUAAGUCCUUCUCUGCUGAUGUUCGUUUUUCACUUCAGAUGACUGUGGAAUCUGUGAAAGAGAAGUUAUGGAAAAAAUGUGGUACUUCUGUUGAUUCAAUGUGGCUUGAGCUGUUUGAUGAUACAGGAGCUAAAGUUGCAGAUCUAACUGAUAAUUUGAGACCACUUGGAUUUUAUUCUCCACAGGAUGGGUACCGGAUGCAUAUCAUAGAUUUGGAUCCUUCAUCGGUAACCUCUGGUGGUUGGUUGGAAGACACUUCAUUGGUAAAAAAGUAUACAAUUUCUGAAGAAGCAUAUGAUAAACUUGAUGGUACUAUCAGGAAAUUUAAGGAAAAAAUAGCAUCUCAAAAUCCAUCACUCUUUGAAAGUAAGAUACCUGAUAACUACAUGGAAGACCUUGCUGAAAAAAUCAAGGUUGGAGACAGAUGCGAAGUUGAACCUGGAGAAAAAAGAGGAGUUGUAAAAUUUGUUGGUAAAGCUGAAAAUAUUGCCCCAGGCUUUUGGGUUGGAAUUCAAUAUGAUGAACCAUUGGGGAAGCAUGAUGGCGUGGUGAAAGGAAAACGUUACUUUGAGUGCCCUCCACUUCAUGGUGUAAUGACGAGGCCAGACAAAGUAAAGGUUGGUGACUACCCUGAGCGAGAUCCCUUCGAGGAAGACGAAAUAUAAAGAAAUCAUCAAGAGCUUGCACGUGUAUUCUCUUAUAGCUUUGAUCCCAAUCUGAUGAUUACUGCAAAUGCAACAUCAUGGGUAUCUCCGUAUCUGAAAAAUAUGCACGUAACUUUGACUUGCAAAAUCUGUGAAUUCUGCUUUACUGAGACAUGUGCUUGACCUUAAGAUCAUCUUUUAGUGAUUGAUUAACAAAUAAACAAUGUGUGUUUUGAUUCAGGGAAUACAAAUGUUGUAUUAGUGGUCAGGUAAAAUUAUCGUGAAGGGCAAAGUUUUAUUGGUGAAGAUUCUGAAUGUCAUUGGUUAGUGAAUUGCGACAUUAAGGCAAACCGUGAUGUAUAUAAUUCCGUAGAUACAUAAAAGAAUGUUGUUUUUCCCUUCAAGAAAAUUCAAUCAGGCCUAAUUACCUAGGUCAGAAGCAAGGAGAAAGGCCUGAAUUAGAUUUUGUAUCGGGCCUAAGAUUAUUCACUAAGACAAUUCGGGGCAAAUCAUAACUCACAUUGCUCCUUUGCUCUAUAUGUAUUUCUAAAAGCAAAUAGGCCUGAUUAAGGUGCUUUCUUUUA